UUGAAGCCAGGUAACCGCAGGUCACAGUCGUUAACUUCAGCAGGAUCCCUUCAAACUGAUUAGGAGUUUAAACUUGACGAACUGAGAUGGGUCUGUGCUUCCCUAACUGUGUCUAACUACACUUUACUUAGACUGUCUCCUCUCUCUCUCUUUCUUUCUCACUCGUUUGGUAUUUGCCCCUCCUUUUCUCUUUAUCUCCUCUUUCCCCUCCGACACGCAUUACCUCCCCUUCCCCUCUCUCCCUCUCUCUGUAUCUCCCUCUUGCGUGGAGGUCUCUGCCACAUGCUGAGUGGACGCGAGAGCUCAGUCUCUCUGUGACCUCGACCGGGAGCGGGUGUCGCGUGUUGCUUGUCUGGUCGACCCCCUCCUCUCAUCCCCCCCCCCCCCAGCCCUGACCCUGCGUCACACAAGUUCGAGUCGCGUCAUACUCGUUUUUUUUUUCUUUUUUUUCAGAAACUGCACAAGAAGUUAAAACACUCACGAAAGAUUAAAGAAAAAACCUUAUAUUGUUUUCUUUCGUUUUCCUAGUACAAAAUUUUCUUAAUUGUACAUUUACAGGCUAGUCGUUGUGAAUAUUGACGAAGAAAACGGACACCAACUGCAAAGGUCAACUUGAACAAAUUCAACUAAUUUACGAAAGAACACUUAAUAGAGUAAGACCCCAAUGAACAAAGUUAUAAUAUACAGGAGUCUUAAAACAAAUUGCAAACAGGAACAAAACAACCGCCUGGCAUCAAUGAGAAUAAUUUUGUGUUAAAGUGCAUUCUACAGUGCAAAUUCUCCCCCGUCAACCUUAAAAGGACUCAACACCCUCCAUUCCACAUUUAAUAACCCAAGAAUUUAGGAAUGCAAAUGUAAAUGAGCGCAUGGCUAUGCCAUAAAGACAAUACCGUUCAGCGAACUUACAAACGUGUAUUUCAUUUGCUUUUGAUAUAAGACAAACCUCAAACGAUAUGCAGUUGUUCUUGAGCUUAUUCUACACACUUCAAAUAGGCGUGGCGGAGGGUUUGGCCGGUGCUUGGAAACCCCGCGACCAAUCAGCAAGCGAGGAAUUAGAUGUUCAUAGAUACGUCAUCGAACACGGGAUGUGGACCCCGGAUCCAGGAGAGCUUUUGGGUCCGUACGAGGAGGAGGCGCCCAGGAGAAUAACCAAAGCAAAAUUUCUCACAGCAAACAAUACGGUUACUACCGUCCAGGCUGGCACCACCGGCGCACUUCGCUGCCAGAUCCUCGAUGUGGCAGACCACGAAACGGCCGUGUAUGUUCUUCGGUUGAAUAAAAAGAGCGUACAGGAUGCUAUACUUCUGGCGUAA